AUGACGUCAAAAUUCGGAAAGCGAAACUUUGAAAGCAUCAGUCAGACGAAUCGGAACAGCACAGCUGGACGCAGGCCGGGAGGCAGAAAACAAGGCGCGUCGGGAAAAGAGAAAAGUCCUGCAUCGUCUUUAAUGAUGGAAACUGGAAACUACGUCGAAAGACUGAACGAGUAUGCUCAGAAAACACGGUGUGGGCCGCCGCAGUACGAGGACCUCGGCUCUGUUGGACCUGACCAUGACAGGAUAUUCACCCAGAGGGCAGUCCUGAAUGGGAAAGUGUAUCCUGAGGGUGUGGGGAGGAACAAGAAGGAAGCCAAGAAAAAUGCAGCUAAAAAUGCCCUGGAGAGGCUGGUGCAGAACGCGGCAGAAAAGUCAGCAGAAGCUGCAACUGCACCCGUUCAUCAGACAAGCAUCACUCAAGGCAAAUAUGUGUGUUGGCUCAAUGAAUAUUGUCAGCAGAGCAGGAUGGCUAUAAAGGCUGUGGAGACGACAAGGCCGGGACCAAACAGUUCAACUCACUGGUGUAGCUUUGUGGUUGGUGAUAAGGAGUAUCCACGUGUCAGUGGGAAAACGAAGAAGGAUGCUAAGGAGGAAGCAGCCAAGCUUGUGUUUGAUAUAAUAAGUGGCAGUACAGAGGUGUCCCUCACAUCAACAGUGUCCAAAGAUGUUGCACCACCGAUGUUUUCACUGCGACCACUUACACGGAUGUCCCAUGAAUCAUCAGCACAAAGCAUGUGGAUGAGCAAGAGUAGCUCAACAGUAUACAUGGACGUAUCGAGCCCAUCCAAGGCUCAGACGCCCGUCAGGUCAGCUGUGUCUGAAUAUGACACACCAAGCAUGAUGUCAACUUCCCAGGUGUCUCUUAAAUCUUUACAAAGCAUGGAAAUUGAUAAAACUAGCACAGGACGACGGAGAAAAGCAUCAAACUCUUCUAACAAUCAGCUUGCUGUGAAAGUCCGGAAAAUGGAAACAAGUCAUGAAGAGACCCAGUCCAGGUUUACUUCAGAGUACGAUCAUAUGAAGAUACUUGGCAGUGGAACAUUUGGGAAUGUUUACAAAGCAAGAAACAAACUGCUGAAAAGGGACUUCGCUGUAAAGAUUGUCCGCUGGGAAGAGAAAUCUCUCCGAGAGGUGACUACAUUGUCGGACCUUAGCCACCCUAAUAUCAUCAGAUACUACACAUUUUGGACGGAGGAUUCAGGAUACAGCCCUUCCCAAUCUGCAGAUCAGUCAUCCGCAAAGUACCUUUAUAUUCAGAUGGAGUUAUGUGACACCGAAACCCUCAAAAAGUGGAUCAAACAGAAAAACGCUCAGUCUCCGCAGGACUCCAAGAGGCAGGAAGAAAGUUUAAACAUCGCUAAGCAAAUAGUUACUGGAGUUGAAUAUAUUCACUCCAUGAAGCACAUCCACAGAGACCUGAAGCCUGCCAACAUCCUGUUUGGACUGGAUCGAAAAGUGAAGAUUGGGGACUUUGGUCUGGUCACCAGAGAUGACGACGAUGUUUUGAGGGAAAGAACACUUUGCACAGGAACCCCAUCUUACAUGGCUCCAGAACAAAUCAAGAGGAGCUAUGGCCGGAAAGUGGACAUUUUUCCUCUGGGGUUGAUAUACUUUGAGCUCCUUUGGAAACUCUCUACUGGCCACAAAAGUGUGGUUUGGGAUGAUGCCAGACAUCAGAAGUUGCCCAAAGAGUUCUCAGAGACAUUUCCCCAAGAGGAGCAAAUCAUCAAGUCGAUGCUGUGUGAGCAGCCAGAAGAACGACCUGAAGCAAGUACACUGAGAGCAGAGCUGGAGAAGUGGGCUCAGACGCUGAGCACACAAAAAAUGCUUCAGGCGAAUGCAACUAACUGAUUAUCAGAAGGAAAUCAGUCAGAAUGGUUACUACACUGCACUUAAGUAGGGCUUGAAUCUGAGAUCGAUGCAAGUCCUUCACAGGGUCUCAUCCACACACACACACUCACAAAAUCACACACCUGUAACAACGGGUAUCAGUUAAUGUUCAGAUCAUUAACCAUGUGAAUAAUGAACAAAGGACCUGGUAUUAUGGAUUUUACAAUCAGGGCAUGAAACAUGAAAUAAAAGUUUAUCGUGUUUUUUAAAAAGCAACUCUUACAUUAACUCCCACCUGUCCAGCUUUUGUUGUAAAUAAUCAAGUGCCGCUUCAUUUCUGUCAACGGUACACAUUUUCUUCCAUGCAGGUAAUGGAUGAAUAUGUUUUUAAGAUGUCACUUUACAGCUUUUAUUCCACUGAAUAUAUUGAUCUUGUUACAGUCACCAACAGGUCAGUAGUGAGGCUGAGUUAUAGGGGUUUGCACUUCCAACAGCUCAGCUGUGAAACCUCAAACAAUGAGGAGCCAAAAGAGGACAAGCAAACUCCUAAUGGUUGUGAUGCUUAAAGAUGUGUGUCGCAGCAUUACAACUGUUAUCAAGUGGCAUAUAUGUCAGUCAUCAUCAGUGAAGCAUGAUGAUGACUUUUGCUUUGUAGUUUUUGAUUCUUUCUUACAAAUAAUCAUGUCCUGUGUUAUUACAUGAUCAGCUGGUGAUGAAAUACUGUAUUCUGUGCUGGGAAGGGUUAAACAUCAUGUCACAUUGCACCUUUUGUUUUGUAAUGAAGUUGGAUGGAUUGAAAAAUAAAAUCUGUCGAGGGUGUAAUGGUCA